UAAUUAAUAUGCUUGCCUUGGUCUUUGGGUAAUGAUGCGCAUCACAAGUUAAUAACAAGCACCCAUGCCCACCAUGAACACCAACCUCUGUAUGCUAUUAUUCUUAUGCUCUUUAAACCUCGGAUUAUGUGCAAACUUUGAAGAUGUAGACGUCGGGAUUGUUCUUGACAUGGAGUCAUGGAUUGGUAAAUCCAUUCAUAAUAGCAUUAUGAUGGCGGUAUCAGACUUUUAUACUCGAAAUCAUAGUUACAAAACAAGGAUUGUUGUCCAUACGAAGGACUCAAAGGGAGACAGAUUACAAGCUAUGUCAUCCGUAUUUGAUCUUCUUAAUACCAUCAAGGUGAAUACAAUCAUAGGACCAGAAACAUACAUUGGAUCAGAACUACUGGGAUCAAUUGCUGAUAGGGCCAAGUUACCUAUAAUUUCUUUUGCUGGUGGUAAAUCCCUAAUGGAAUAUCCUUACCUGCUCCAUGUUAAAGAAGACGAUUUUUGUAUGGCCAAAAGCAUAUGUGCUCUUGUCGAAUCUUAUAAAUGGAGGGAUGUUAUCUAUGUGUAUGAGGACACUGAUUAUGGGUCAGAGUUAUUACAAAAUCUGUUUGAAUUGUUCCAAGAAAAUAACAUACGAAUUACUUACAGAGUUGCCAUUUCCGCCUCGGCAAAAGAUGAUCUAAUCGUCGAGGAGUUGCGUAAGCUAAUGAGUAUACAUACAUCAGUAAUCAUUGUCGAUAUGUCACCUUCACUAGCAUCUAGAUUGUUUCCAAACGCGAAGAGGCUAGGAAUGAUGAGCAAAGAAUAUGCAUGGAUUUUAAGUCAAAAGACCACUGACAUCUUUCGAUCAACAAAAUUUGAAGUUAUUGAAUCAUUUCAAGGAGCACUCGGUUUUAGAUCUUAUAUACCAGCAUCAAGGAGACUGCAUUACUUCACAAAUAGAUGGAACAAGAAGUUUACUAGAAAGGUGCAUGUGCUUGCAAUAUGGGCGUAUGACAUAAUUUGGGCACUUGCAGAGUCCAUUGAGAGAGUUGGAGUCCCACAAAAUGGCACGUUGCUUCUAAAUGAGAUUUUGAAAUCCAAGUUUAAAGGCAUGGGUGGUGAGUUUAGGCUUACUGAAAGAAAUCUGAUCUCUAAUGGAUAUGAGAUUGUGAAUGCGGUCGAUCUUGAAGAAAGGAAAGUGGGAUAUUGGACAUUGUCGAAAGGCAUUACAAGAACACUCCGUACAUUUAACGAUGAUGCUCUACGUUCUGGUAUUGGUAUGGAAGAUGUUAUCUGGCCUGGAGGGUCUACUGCCGUUCCAACGAGUCAUGGUAAAAAGUUAAGAAUUGGGGUCCGGACUGGACUAAGAUUUACCCACUUCGUACAUGCGGUUUAUGAUGAUAAGAAUGAUGUCACAAACGCCACUGGGUUUUGUGUUGAUGUUUUCAAUGCUUGCCUUGAAGCGUUACCGUAUGAAGUGACAUACGAGUUUGUUCCAUAUGCGAAUGGAAGUUACGACAAACUUAUAGAAAAGGUCGUUAAUAAGGAAAUUGAUGGGAUCCUGGGAGAUUCAACAAUCUUGGCUAAAAGAUAUGAAUUUGUAGAUUUCACCUCCACUUACACUGACCUUGGUCUAGGAACACUAGCUAAAACCAAUAGAAAAGAUAUGUGGAUCUUCUUGAAGCCACUGAAUGCAAAUCUAUGGCUAACUUUUACUGCUUUCCUUAUCUUCAAUGGCUUGGUUAUUUGGGCUAUUGAAGCUAUGGACCAAGAAUCGAAAAGCUCGUCAUCUGAAAGAAUUGCAACGAUCUCUUGGCUCAUCAUAUUGACCAUAUUUUCUGCACAAAAAGAGAAGUUGGCAAGCAACCUGUCAAGAUGUGUGAUGUUUGUUUGGUUAAUUGUGGUGCUUGUCCUAAUUUCAAGUUACACAGCAACAUUGACUUCACUGCUGACAGUUGAACAAUUUGAAAUUGCUUCGAAAGGGGGGACUGUGGGUUUUCAUGGUGGCUCUUUCUUUGGUGGAGUGACGGUCAGCAAUACGAAUUUUACAGAUUCUAAGCAAAGGCCAUAUUACUCAUAUGAGACGUAUGCUGAUGCGUUGACGAAAGGUGGAAAACAUGGUGGUGCAGAUGCCAUUGUUGAUGAGGUUCCAUAUAUCAAGAUGUUUCUUGGCAAGUACUCGAAUGGCGAUUAUGCCAUGGUCUCUUCUGAACCAGUUACUUCUGGAUUUGCCUUUAUAUUUACAAAAGGUUCUCCACUGGUAAAAGAUAUAUCAAGGGAAAUAGCUAAAAUAAGAGAAAAUGGAACUCUAAAACUUUUGGAGAAGAAGUGGUUUGAUAAUGAAUUUUCUGUACUACCCCAAGAAGAUUCUUCUACAAAGCCAGCUAAAAAUUUGAGCCUCGAAAGAUUCGGUGGUUUGUUUAUUAUUAGUGGUGUCUCUUCGUGUUUAGCCCUUAUAAUCUCUGUAAUUUAUAUAAUCCGUGCUAAACUGGAGAUCCAUAGUAUUAUUUCACUUUUAGCGGGACGAGGUAUAAUGGAUACCGUAAAGCAUCUCUUGCAUAGAAAGGUGAUUUAAGAUAGCUAGGGGUGUAAUAUUGAUACUACCAACCCAACACAUUUGUUGUAAAUAACACUUCAUUAGCUUAGAGUAUCAGCUGCUAAGAUUCAUGUAGUGAGAGACUCGGCGUUAUGUAAUGUGGUAUCAUCUUGAUGAUAUGUUAAUUUGCGAAAAAAAAUGAAAAGUGGUUAAGCGCUAAA